UGUAGUUUUUGUUUUCUUUAGUUGGCUCCCAUUUUUCUACGUGAUCUUUUAUUCACCAUUUGGUAUGGCGGCUAACAAAAUAGCAGAGCUAAAGUCGGCCGCUGAGCAUCUCAAAAAAGAGAUUGCAAAGAAGAAAGAAGAAGUUUAUGACUGCACAUUUAAUGAGUGCGUUUCUAAGUCAAACGUGCAUGAGCUAAACAAAGUUAUUUUUAAGUGUAAGCGAACACUGAAAGGCCAUCUUGCGAAGAUAUAUGCCAUGCAGUGGUCUACGGAUAGUUGUCAUCUGGUUUCAGCCUCUCAAGAUGGCAAGUUGAUUGUGUGGGAUGCGUACACCACUAAUAAGAUCUUUGCGAUCCCGUUAAGCUCGAGCUGGGUUAUGACCACCGCCUACUCGCCUUCAGGCAAUUUGGUUGCCUGCGGCGGUUUGGAUAACAUUUGUACAAUUUACAGUUUGACAUCUACUGGCCCAACGGCAAAAUCUUACCAAGUCCUCCAAUCUCAUGCUGCGUAUCUCUCGUGCUGUCGUUUUAUUAGUGAUAAGGAAAUAGUCACGAGUUCGGGCGACCUGACAUGUGGCCUUUGGGAUGUUAGCACUGGAACUCUUAAAAGACAGUUUACGGGUCACACGCUGGAUGUUAUGAGCAUUGCCCUUUGCGGGCGGGACAACCCCGCUCAGUUCAUUUCUGGCGCUUGUGAUCAAACUGUAAAGCUUUGGGAUCUUCGUACUGGCUCGUGUGUCCAAACUUUUGCUGAGCAUGAGUCGGAUAUCAAUGCGGUUGCCAUGUUUCCGUCUGACAAAGCCUUCGGCACUGGCUCUGAUGAUGCCACGUGUGGUUUAUUCGAUAUUCGGGCCGAUCGAAAGCUCUGCUCUUUCCAGCAAGAGGAUGUCGUUUGCGGAAUUACUUCUGUUGACUUUUCGCUUUCAGGGCGACUUCUGUUCGGCGGCUACGACAACAACACGUGCAAUGUAUUUGAUGUACUCAAAGGGACACGUGUUGCUCGACUCAGUGAACAUGCAAAUCGCGUGAGCUGUCUUGGCGUAUCACGAGACGGCGUGGCCCUCUGUACGGGCAGCUGGGACGCUAAUCUUAAGGUGUGGGUUUAGCGCCCGCCCUUCCGCCCGCCCGUCUUUUACUUGCCGCAUUCCUCGUACCGUUGCAAAGUUUGUUACAAAGCUGGAUUUUUUCCUGGGCGGGCAUACACAAAAAAGGAUUAUGAGUGGACUACAACUUUUACUUUAAGACAAAAUGCUUAAAUGAAACUUUAGCAGUCUUCACAUUUCAUUUUAUUAUUUAUUUUUGGUU